AUGCCUGCUCUAAGGAAGAAGAGCACUGUCGAGCGCUUGGACAAGGCGAGCUCGUAUGCCUCGUCAAAGAAUAGGCGACGUAACCAGAACCGCCGCGAUGGCCAACGCGAGCGCGAGCCUACGCCCGAAGACGAAAAGCUCAAAGACGCGACUACCCUCUAUGUCGGCAAUUUAUCUUUCUACACCACCGAAGAGCAGAUACACGAACUGUUCUCAAAGUGCGGCGAGAUCAAGCGUCUGGUUAUGGGCCUCGAUCGCUUCCAGAAGACGCCAUGCGGAUUCUGCUUUGUAGAGUACUACACUCACCAAGAUGCUCUGGAUUGCAUGAAAUAUAUUGGAGGCACCAAGCUGGAUGAGCGCAUCAUCCGUACCGACCUGGACGAGGGCUUCGCUGAGGGAAGGCAAUAUGGGCGCGGAAAGUCUGGCGGCCAAGUGCGCGACGAGUACCGCGACGAGUACGACCCGGGCCGUGGCGGAUACGGCAGAGCUAUACAGGAGGAGGAAUCUUACGCAGACGAGUACAGAUAA